UGGUGGUAGUUUUGUAACUGUGUAGGUGAAGUGUUACCUCAACAUUCCCCACUGAGACUAAAUUAGUCUUGGUACGCUUCUGUAGAAAUUUUAAUUCACUCCGCAAUUUAGUUAACAGUGAAAUCAAUAGUUUAUCAAGAUGAUUAUGGAGCCUGUACAGGCUGCCAUUUGGCAUUGCUUAAACAAUUACAGUUAUGGAGAUGCAAUAUUUCUAGCAGAACGCCUCCGAGCAGAAGUGGAGUCAGAUGAAACACUUUUCCUACUGGCUACAUGCUACUACCGCAGCGGCAAACCUGCGCAAGCCUACAACAUCCUCAAAGACAAAGGCCCAGUCUCGGCUCAGUGUAAAUACUUGUUGGCCCGCUGCUGUCUCGACCUACAGAAGAACGCAGAGGCUGAGGCAGUUUUGACUGGAGGAGAUGCCACGCGGACACGCAGCCUAGACGAGAUCACAGCAGAGUUCGGCAACUUGUCGUGCUUCGCUCUGAGUGUGAUUGGUCGCGUGUGCUGUGCCUCGGAACGCACGGUGCGCGGUGUCGAAGCCUACAAAAGAGCUUUGAAGCUCAACCCUCUACUGUGGCAGUCUUACGAACAACUUUGCCGCCACGGAGAGAAGCCUGAACCCAACAAAAUCUUCUCGAUGAACCAUCUUGACAAUCUCGGUCACAUUACGGGCACACAAAACCCUUUUGUUUCAACCAGUCCUGCGGAAUUCGGGCUGGAGAACAAUUUAAAUAUACAAACACCGAUUCAAAUAGAAAAUAUUUUAACGAGUAACAAGAUUGAAUGCAGUGGUAUUCGACCUUUCUCACCUGACGAUAGUCCUAUGUUGCCUUUGCGAUCUGCCAAAACUUCGGGAUUUAGAAAAGCGUUCUCAGGAAGCAGUGUCAGCCCCUUAACUCCGAGUUUCGGAGUGAUGCCGCUAGUAGACUGGUCUCCUCAGGACGUUUACCCAUCUCCUCUUCCUGUCUUCUUUGCCACUAACUCAACGUUGACUGAUGCCAACGAACAAAAAACAUUGGCAAAAAGACAGUUGAUCAGUCGCAAGGAGACGCCACUGCAACAGUCCAAGACUACAGUGUUCUCUCAGUCAUGUAACACCUCCCACGUGCUGACCACACCCAGCGCCACACCUGUACCCGGCCCUCUCAACAACACGGCGCAGAACGUACGCAGGUCCUCGCGUCUCUUCACCAACAGCUACUCCGUCAAGGAAAACAACAAAAGUCCAAAUCGGAACAAGUUUGCCACACCAAAGUCACCGUCGAGGAAAACAAAGUCGUCGCGGUUAGCGAAAGCGAACCUGAACAAAACAAAUUUCCAAGACCUGAACGAACGGAAUCGCCUCGGCGUGGUGGGUGAGCGGCCGGAAUCUAUUGUGGGCGACAACUCCAACAGCCAGAUGAACUGUGCGACAAUGACUCAGCAAUAUCUAGGCAUGCAGAAACAAUCUAUUGAAGGCUUGUUGACUCUACUAAGGGAGGUAGGCACAGCGUAUCUACACCUGUCUCAGUUCCAAUGUCGUAAGGCUAUAGAGUGUCUGUCGUCUCUGCCUUCGCAACAGUACAACACAGGCUGGGUGCUGGGGCUGCUGGGCCGAGCCUACCUGGAGCUCACUGACUACCAGAAGGCCGUGCACUAUUUCUCCCAAGUGAGAGAGAAGGAGGCUCAUCGCAUGGAGGGUAUGGAGCUGUACAGCACGGCUCUGUGGCAUCUACAGCGGGAAGCAGCACUGUCAGCGCUGGCGCAGGACCUUAUAUCACUAGACCGCCACAGUCCCCACGCCUGGUGCGCCGCGGGAAACUGCUUCAGUUUACACAAGGAGCACGACACCGCGAUCAAGUUCAUGCAUCGGGCUGUACAGGUCGAUCCAAACUUUGCGUACGCCUACACACUUCUAGGUCAUGAAUACGUGGUGACGGAGGAGCUAGAAAAAGCCAUGAGCUGCUAUAGAAAUGCUGUACGGAUAGAUUCUAGACAUUAUAUAGCUUGGUUCGGGAUUGGGACAAUAUACUCCAAACAGGAGAGGUUCCAGUUAGCAGAGGUACACUUCAAGCGAGCCCUCGCUAUCAACCCCCACAAUUCUGUCGUCAUGUGCCACAUUGGUGUCGUCCAAAAUGCCCAGCAGAAGACUGACCAGGCCUUGCAGACGCUGGAUGCUGCUAUUGCCGCAGAUCCCAGUAACCCUCUGUGCAAAUUCCACCGUGCCUCCAUCUUCUUUGCUGUCGGUCGUCUCAAAGAGGCACUGCAAGAACUGGAGGAGCUCAAGGAAAUCGUACCUAGUGAAUCUCUAGUCUACUACCUAACUGGGAAGGUACACAAGAAGUUGGGUAACACACAUUUAGCGUUGAUGCACUUUAGCUGGGCCACCGACCUAGACCCCAAAGGAGCCAAUAGUCAAAUCAAGGACGCUAUUGACCCUUCGAUCUCACGAUCCCAUACAGAGGACUCGGAUUUUGUCCAAGUGUUUCCGCCAGCUGAAAGCUCACAAGAAAUGAACUCAUUGCAGUUACAAGAUAGCGAUGAUAGUCUUCUAUGAGUGACUUCUGGGUAUUAGGUAGCCUAAUCUCUCCCUCUAGUCUCGCAAUUGCGUCGGGAGAUUUUCACACAGCUUAAGUUUCAUCGCAGCUAACCUACCAGUUUUAUUAUAUAUUGUAAAUUGUAUAAGUUUAUAUGUAUAUUUCUACUGUAAAUGUGUAAGUGUGUUUGCUGAAGCGUACUGUACGGAGCUGAAACGGUUUGAUAAUUGUUGUGUUAUUAAUUUUGGAUUUUAUUAGACUUUUCUUUUGUACAUUAUACUUUUCCUUAUUUCAGUGCCUGUAAAGAGAGGAGUGAUUUAUUUAGGUUAAUUAUACAGUGUAAGCAUUUGUGGGUGUUUUAAUGUGUCCUUUAAUCUCAGUUUAUAUUUUUAAAUUAUUUUAGCGUGUUAACAAAUUAUUAUUUUGUAGAUUAUAUAGUAGCUUUAAUCACGAUGACUUUAGAAUAAUUAUUUUUCAUAGUGAAAAUAAAAACAUAAUCAGUAAUAACAUAAUAUUUGUCACUAAGAAUUAUAUAUUUUUUUUUCUUGUCCUAAACAUUGAGUUCACCUGUGGCUUUUUGUAUACUGUACCAUGUUAAGAACUAUUUCAACAUCUACACAUGACAGAAGAUCUUGGAUAGUUAUUUUGAUUUACGAUAUACUUGUAAUUCUCUUCAACCACAAAAAUAACUUAAAUUAGUACAAUUACUGGAUUUCUAUACAUCUUUAUAUAUGACUAGCUAUCCUAAACCCCAACCUACUAAUUGUUGCUCAACAGUUUUGCAGAAAAUAUUAUCAGAACACUAAAAGUAUGUAAAAAUUAAAGCUCACAAAAUUUUUGUUUGUUAAAUAUUUGUUACAGUGCCUGCAUUUAUACAUGGUUAUGUUUUACAGUAAACUGGGUUCGAUAUACAGUUGUCAGUCAAGUCUUUGGUUAAAAAUACAAUACCGGUACUUUGAAGUAGACACUCCAUUUUCAUAUUAUCAACUUAUUUCAAUUGAGCCAAUGAUACAGUUUGCGGAUGUAAAUAGUUUCUAAGAGAAAAACAGUCAAGGUUCAUGUGUUAAAUCGAUGGUGGAGAGUUCCGAGUAAAAGCUGUGGCUCCACCAGUAACUAGAAGAGAAAAAUAUCUUCACUAGCACACUCUAUUUGAAGCUGUACUUGUUCAAGUUUUGGCCAUUUUACAACUCAAAAUGGACGUUAAAGUGAGCGACUGUCAGAUUGUGAUUUUGUAAAUGACUCAUUUCUGUCAAGUAUUCAAACUGAUGGGACGACCUUGUUAGCUAUAAUCAUCUUUUAUUUCCUAUCGGCUAUCUCAGUAAUUAAAAUAUAAGGUGGAAAAUUAAAUUUUAUACAUUAGCGCAACCUGUGACUGGCUUACAUAACUAUGUUCUUUUUUUUAAAAACAUUGGCAACAGCUGGUUCAUAUGGAUGGUAUGUCUACUUCAGUAUCGUAAAGUCAAUGCUCAGUCAACUAUUUUCUCUUUAAAAAACUCACUACAGAGCUGGUUCAUAUUGAAAUGUCUACUUCAGUAGCCAAAGCAUAUUAUUGUUUAGUAUUACCUUUUUUAUGCAUUUUUGAAUCAUUGUAUUGUUACAUUAAAAAUGUUAUGACAAUAAAAUACACGAGUAAUCAGAAUCAAAGCUGUGUCAGACAAUUGGCUGCUUUUGUGGUAAGGUAGUGAACCUUAACAUGUUAUGAUUUAACCCAUUGAUGCCGUUUCUUAAGUGUUGCUCGUCACCGCAUUCCGUGGCGUGGUAGCCUUGCUGCUAACACACUAGCACUUAAGUUUGUUGAUUCUAACCUGCGAGAGAUAGUGUUGACAUAUGAUUUUAGUGGCAUUCAUUCCAAUUCGUUGCACAGACGAGUGUAGCGUUGAGGCCUUUCUACAUGCGCGUUUAAAUCCCCUGUGCAGUCCAUAUUGAGCUUACUAAUGUGUGGGUUAGCUAGUGGGAGGACCCACCUUAAAUAAACGGUGUUCGGCUUGGGUAGAAGUUGACGGCAUUAGUGAAGUUAAUACUUUAAUACUUAUCAAUGAAAUGGCGACCAUACAAAGUAGAUAUUUCAAGCCAAGUAUGAAUGGAGAUGAGUGUAGGAUGAGUGGCGCGAUAGUGAUUGCAAAAUAACUUCUUGAACAGCAUCGUACGUGUUAUUAAAUUACCUGAAAGUACAAAAAUACAUCAAAUAACACUUGUAAUAAAUUAUACUUUUCCCUAGUCACCUGACUAAGUGGGCUUCCUUGCACAGUUUAUAGUACAGAAAGCCUUACUUUGGUGCACAGUUUUUACUUUAGAAUACACCAGUAUUCCAACCAAACAACACAACAGCGUGCUUUUAUUAUGCACAUAAUCUGUGUACGCUUGGAAAUAAGUUCGCAACACUUAAAGGUAUACGACUACGAUCAGCUGGUGCAGCGUUUCCCAUUUCGUUCAGUGUUUGGAUUUACCCUAACCUUAUAACGUGUUGUACAGUGUUUGAAAGACUAAUUAUUUAUAUGAUUUAUAGUAACUGCAGGGAAAAUAUAAUGUGUACCACGAGUGCAAACUCUUUGCUAUCAUAGGCUAACUCGAGAAACUUUCCACACUCGCCUACGGCUCGCGCGUAAACAUUUCUCUCGUGUGCAGCAAAUUGCCACUUUGCCCACUAGUUACACAAAUAACUAUUUACUCUCAAGACGUAUUUACAUACAUAUAAAAGAUGGUAAGUGGUGAUCGAUUUCGAUUGGACACUCCAAUCAUCAUCAGACAGGCGAAUGAAUGCACACAACUGUUUUUUGUUGUUCUUUUAUAACUAUACAAUAGGACACAGAUUUUCGUUUUUUGGCUUACACUUUUGUCAAAUAUGGACAUCGAGUUGAAAUUGUGUGCGACAAAAGACAAAUAACCUAAAAAAAUAAUUAAUUUAUAAAAUAAUCCGGUGUCAAUGGGUUAGAUCUUACUCCAAAUUGAUUGUAAGAAACCAAUACUCUUUGUAAUUCUAGUUUAAAAGAUCUUGUUCUGUUAAGAAAUUUGACAUUUAUCUUAUGUAAGUUAUGUUUCUACUACUGUGAUAGUUUUGACUGCUCGAAGAAAGACUGAAUUUGAGUUAAAUGAGCUAAUUAACGUAAAAACGAAAUAAUGCUUUUAAAUUUUCCAAAUUUGUUGAAUGUAACAGUUCAUGUUUUCUUUUGUUUGUCGUAUCUAGUUUGAAUUACAGGUUAAGUACCUUUGACUUUUAAAAUAAAAACCGGCCACCGACAGAUUGUGCUGAUGUAAUACUGUUAUUAAAAUUCAUUUGUGGUUAGAAUUUUGUUCCAUUGUGUAUUUUACUUGAGUAAAUACCUCCUUAUCAAUGGUAAGACCAAUUAAUUGGAAAUAAAAAGUGAACAAAAUGGUUUUGUGAAUUAAUUUGCUUAAAUAAUGGUGCAGUAUGACAAAUACAAUUAAUCACAUGGGCCAAACUGUCUUAAUAACCCUUCCUUAUUUCCCAAACGAGGCUUCCAAAAUUGACUUGGGCCUGAGUGAUAAAUUCUGUGGAACCUCGAUAAUCCGGCUUAGUGGGAUGUGCGGCAGGCUGGAUUAAGAAGAAGGCCCGACCAUCAAGAGAGCAUUUAAUGAGCAGGUGCCGGACAUCUGAAAUCCAUGUUUUGUCUCGCCAUUCGUCACCACUUGCCAGUACUGUAAUAGUGCAGUUCCGUUUUGUUAGCGAUUAAGUUCAGUAUAGAAUAUUCAACUGUUCUACAAAUUUACAAAACUAUUCUUAGCCCAGGCAUAGACUUGUAGCUCCUAAAAAUUUGGGGAAAGCUGGAAAUUGUUUUAAUCUGCUCUGGAGAUCCUAAAUAAGUUAAAAAUGAGUUAGCAACGAUUUUGUUCAUUUCUAUUUAUUCGCUUAUAAAACAGUGCAUCCUACAAAAAAAAGGUUUUAACAUAUUUUUCUAAAGAACAUUAAAUUCCGCGUUGAAUGAUGUUAAAAUCAUCAAAAACGAGUCAGUCGUUCUGCUACAACAGGUCGUCAAAGUUCAGUAGUUUUAACAUUCUCCUUGUCAUCCUAUUCUUGAUGAUUACAGCGUAUUCCGCCAGAUAGUUUUCGGUUAAAAUUACUGAACUUUGACAUCCUGUUGUAGCAGAACGACUGAACCAGAUUUGAUGAUCUUAACGUCAUUUGACGCAAAAUUUAAUGUUCUUAAAAAAACGUACGCAAACACUUUUUUUGUGGGAUGCACUGUUUUCGAGUUAUGAGCAAAAUCGGCCUAGUUUUUUGCCUCCCAUACACUUGGCUAACUUCAGAAUCCGUCGCAAACUCAUUUUUAACUUAUUUAGGAUCUCCAGAGCAGAUUAAAAAGAUUUCCCCCAAUUUUUUGGAGCUACAAGUCUAAUCUGCCUGGGCUAAGAGUAGUUUUGUAAAUUUAUAUUAAAGUAAUGAUGAAUAUUCUAUAAUGAACUGAACUUUAAUAAGAAAUUUGAAGCUGACUUUUUUUGGUGGGUGGGAUUGAGCUAGAUUACGAGAGGCCGGAUUAUGGAGGUUCUAUUCUACAAUUUAUGUUGGUUACCAAUCUUCUAAGUUUCAGAAUGCAUGCAUAUUUUAACGUACUUGUAAUGAUUUUGUCAGAUUUGUUGUGUUGUGAUAAUUUCUAUUUCAAGUUUAUUUUUUUAAUUCUUUACUUGGGCCAUAUAAUGUGCAUUGAAUUACCUCAACUAGCUUGUUCAACACCGGUAUGAAUACUACUUAAAAAUUUAUGAAUGUUAUGUAGAUGUUGUUUUCAAUAUUGUAUAUAUUAUUUUAACUGUCAGUAUCUGAGAACAUAUAUAAUAUGAUGAAAUUGUAAUGUAUUUUAAUGGAGAUUGUGUUUUUGUAUGCGUAUAGAUUAAGCUAGCCAAUUUUUGUAGCUAUGUAUCAUACAAAUUGUGUUAAUUUAUUCAAAGAAUAAUAUCGAAGGGAGAUACAA